CCGACCAACAAUUUGAAGAGAUGUAAUUGAUCAUGUAGCAGAGAGCAGUGCAAACUGCAACGUCAUACUGCCCCAUCAAAACGGCAAGGGAAGUGCGUAAAACGCUUAGUACCGUUAGCAAUACUUAACGUACAACGACCGUAAAUUUAUUAGCACGAAAUAACCUAAGAAUUCGAAGCUCCUAUAUAUUUGUCGACCAAGAUAUCCCCUCCUUCUCUUCUGCAAAGAAAAAGCCCGAAAAUGAGUUACCAGAGAGCUUCCCAAGAACCCUAUCCUCCCCCAGGGUAUGGAUCUCCAUAUCCACCGCCACCACCACCACAGGGGUACCCAUCAGCGCCACCGUACGAAGGGUACCCGCCACCACCGCCAUCUGGGUAUCCGGGGUACCCUCCGCCGCCGCCGCAGGGUCCGCCGUACGAAGGGUACCAAGGGUACUUCGCACAAGGGUACCCGCCACCGCCACCACCCCAGCAAUACCAGCACUACCACUACGAGCAUCACCGUUACGACGACCAGACCGGUUGUGCCUCUUUCUUACAAGGCUGUUUGGCUGCGCUUUGCUGCUGCUGUGUGUUGGAGGAGUGCUGCUUUUUUCUUUGAUGACACAACAAAUAAGUUAUUUAUUAAGUUGGCUUGCACUUUGUUCUUGCUGAACGAUUUGUUGGAUUCUACAUAAUCUGUGUAAGGGGUCUGGUAAUUCUUUUUUCUUUAUGCCUCUUAUCUGGGUUUUAAGAGGUUCUAUGAUGUGGUUUUAUCUGGUUCUAUGCCUGUGUAAUUUAAUUGUAUUACCUGGAAUCUGAAAACAGGUGCUAUCAUCAGAAACAUGGUUCUGAUUGUAGUGUGAUUACAUAUUCUUAUGAUGUUAUAUGUGGCCUUCAGUUAUACUCCAUUUAAUCUUCAAGGCUGCUUUUGCAUGCAGUACCUUUUGUUA